AUGCUUCCUAACUUCAGGAAAGGAACCGGUACACCAACUGGAAACCUCUUGGAAGUCACCGCAGCAGCGCGAGUUUGGGGAGAUCGCGGAGGGAUCCUGAUCAGAGCAGUGAAGCCCAACGUUGGUCACUCAGGAGGUGCUGCGGGUCUCACCCGUGUUAUCAAGUCUGCGCUGGUGCUUGAAAACAAGGUAAUUCCACCAAACAUCCAUUGCGGCACCCUGAACCCCAAGAACUACCCACGCGAGGUGGACGUCGAGACCUGGUACCGCCGCGCGCAGGCUCUGGGCAUUGAGUGGAAGACGGCCUUCCAGGGCCUAGACAUCAUCACGGCCUGGACGGUGGCGUCUGAGGAGCUGCCACUGCUUGCGGUGCACCAGGAGCAAGACAUGCACAUGCGCAUCAACGGAUCUGUCGUCAUUGUAGAGAAUGAAGACGCCGCCACCGUCAAGCGCGGCCGGAGAGUUCCUGCCCGUGCCGCCAUGUUCCGGGACGACGGCGUUCCUAUCGCGGAUAUGGACGGCCUGGAUUUUGUUGACUUGCCGGUCGCUAGCAAGAGGGAUACGGACGUGAAACUCAAGGACAGUAGUCUACUAUUGGGAUCUCGCUUUACUCACGACGGCACAAAAAUGGCUCUCGAUGCCCUUCGCCCAUCAGAGGAUGUGCGUUAUUACUGGAACUAUACAUUGGCGAUGGCUACCGACAACGCGCCUCCAAACUAUGAUGCGUCCCUUCUCCAGUCCGUUCCAGUGGCUGGAGAGAUCUCGGUCGUGGCCCUGAAUGAGGUGUCCCUGAGCGGGCCCGUGAAUCUCGUGAUAGUCCCGUUCAAGGUUCUGACAUCAGACAACUUUAUAAAUUACGGCCCAGACUGGGGUUAA